UGGGUCCAGCCCUGGGUCCUGUGUGUAAAACAUCCAUCAUUGACAUGAAUGAUCAUGCCGCUCUCUGAUUGGCCGCUCUCGGGCGCAGAUGCUGAUGAUGUUUCGCUGUCCCCUCGUGAGAGAGGCUAGAGCCCACCAGCAGACAGACUGAUCAUCGGGAGUAUCUCUCGUCCUCCCCUCCUCUUCUCUCUCUCGAAAUAAGAGCAAGCAUUCAGUAGCGUGAAACCUGAGCAUCUUUGUGUUGCUGUGAAGGCACCGAAGGUACAGCAGCUCUUCUAAGCCCAAAAGUUGUAGUGUGACCAUGUCGGCCCCUAUCAAGAGGACUCAGUGGGAUGAAGACCUGACUCACUUUCGUAAGGAUCACGGCCUUUCCAAGAAAGUGCUGCUUAACUGCUGUCUGGUCAGGCGGAUCAUCUCCUGGGCUUCCCCUCACCAAAAAGAUAGUGUCGAGGAUGAGCUGGAGCUGUCUGCUGUGCGCCAUCGACCAGAAGCUUUGGAGCUGCUGGAGGCUCAAACGCGUUUCUCACGCAAAGAGCUUCAAAUCCUCUAUCGGGGCUUUAAGAGUGAAUGCCCCAGUGGUGUGGUCAAUGAAGACACAUUUAAGGAAAUAUACUCUCAGUUUUUCCCACAGGGAGACGCAUCAUCAUAUGCACAUUUUCUAUUUGAUGCAUUCGACACAGAUCAAAAUGGCUCUGUCAGUUUUGAGGAUUUUGUGAUGGGUCUUUCCAUUCUCUUACGAGGCACCAUUCAUGAGAAGCUUAACUGGGCAUUUAACCUGUAUGAUAUUAAUAAAGAUGGAUAUAUAACAAAAGAGGAAAUGUUAGAUAUCAUAAAGUCCAUCUAUGACAUGAUGGGGAAAUGCACAUAUCCCAUGCUUAGAGAGGAAACGCCACGACAGCAUGUGGAGAUAUUUUUCCAGAAAAUGGACAAAAACAGGGAUGGAGUGGUCACUAUAGAUGAAUUUAUAGACUGCUGUCAAAACGACGAGAACAUCAUGAAAUCAAUGCAGCUUUUUGAGAACGUCAUUUAACAUCUGAAUGGACUCUGUUAGCUGGCCAGCUCACUUAUCCACCUUUAUACUCCACAAACCCGACGUCCUCAAUGAUACACAUCUGAUUACUAGCAGUGCUUUACCCGUAAACCAAAAUUAAUAGCAUUUUUAAUAUCAAAGAAAAAUUAUUUUUAAAUUUUUUUCACUUAUACUUUUAGUUAAUGUAAUCAUCUUUUUUUUCUCUGUUUUGAAAAAAGUUUUGAAACUAGAAACCAUAGUACAUAUUAAAGUAACAUUUCAUACAUUUAUAUUAUAUACAAACAGAAUACAUUUCUGUGUACAUUUUUCACAAAUCCAAUUUUAAAUUGCAACAAUUUACAAGGAAUAUUCGAGAUACAGUUUAACUUAACUCAGUAGCUAAAGAAACAGUUCACCCAAAAGUAAAUAUCUAUCAUCCAAUAGUUUUUUUUUGUUUGUUUGUUUGUUUUGUUUUCUUAAUGAGAACAGAUUUGGAAAAAUGUGCAUUACAUCACUUGCUCACCAAUGGAUCCUCUGCAGUAGUAUUAAUUUUGUCAGCCAUUUCUAAUUUAGUCUUAGUCCUUGUGUCAAAUGUCCUUAGUUAUCCUAUUUAGUUAGCCUUGUCCUGUUUUUGUUUAGUCAAGUUUCAGUCUACUUAAUAUCUGAAUUUUAGUAUUUCAGUAGUUUUUAGUCAAUAAUUUUUUUUUGGAACACUAUUUAAGUUAAACUGUUUAAAAAAAAUUGCUCAAAAUUAUAAUCGGAAUUGUUGUCAUUGGAGAUAUACAUUUUUACAUUUCAGGUAUUGCACUAUCACCAUUAAGCACAAAUAUGGAUUUUUUCCACAUAAGCGGACUUAUCGCUCACAUAAUGUACCAUCUAAAAUAACGGGAAAAAUAUUGAUUUGAUGACAUAAUAUGUCGUUAUAACGAGAAAAAUAUGUAGUUUUAUGAGAAAACAUCUCCUAAUUACGAGAAAAGAUGUCGUUUUAACGAGAAAACAUCUCGUAAUUACGAGAAAAUAUGUCGUUUUAACGAGAAAACAUCUCGUAAUUACGGGAAAAGAUGUAAUUUUAACGAGAAAAACAGUCUAAUGUGUCUGCCAAUUCAAUUUUUAUGAAACUUUUAAUUUUCUUUACUACAUUGCAAAACAUAGACUUUUUCUCCCUUUUUUUCAGGAAAAUAUGCUGCUCCUCGUUAUUUGAAAGUGGAGAAAUCUAUAAACUUUUAUUUCUAUCGGCCAGUGAUGAUUCUGAAAGGACAUAGGCUACCUGUAAAACAUUGCUAUAGUUACGAACACAAUUUCAUGAUAAUUGUGCUCUUAUUUUAGUGCAGUCUCACAGCCACUGUCAAAUAUUGAGAUAAACUUUAUAAAGUAUCAUCUAUUUAUAUUAAAUUGGUAUCUUAUCCGAUAUCCAUUUUGUGACCAUUGAUCCGAUUCUUUUCAAUCAGCUAGAAUGAUUCGGGACAUUCGUUUAAUGUGGCUUAAUGCAUUAAAACAUAGUUUUUAAAAGACCAAACUCAGUAAACAAAUUAAUAAUAAAGAAUUCUAUUCACUGACAGGCAGAUGAGUCCAGAAUAAGAAUGCAAUGUGUUUAAUUACGUAUUAAGCGUUUUCCUCCCAUAGAAAACCAUUAAACUAAAAGGAAAACGCGUAAUGUGGCGUAAUGCAUUAAAACGUGUUUUAAAGAGACCAAACUCAGUAAACAUUUUAAUAACACAUUUUAUUUACAGACAAGCAGGUUAUGGGUGGAAAUUAAAUGCUUUGUGUUCGUAUUCUGUGCUCAUAUCUGCUUGUCUGUGAAUAGAAUUGCUUUAUUAAUCAUUUGUUUACUGAGUUUGGUCUUUUUAAAACACUGUUUUAAUGCAUAAAGCCACGUACUUUCACGUUAAGCAUGCUUUUAGAAUGUCCCAAUUAUUCAUUUGUGAAUUAACAGCAUUCUCCAUCCUACACAACUACGCACACAUUUCAUAUCAUGUAAGUCUAUGAAAGACGAUUGAACCAAUCAGAGUAGGUGUGGGGCAGGUGCAGCCCCGCCUCGACCCAUGUUUGAAAUUGUGUAAAUAGCACAAAUAUACAAAUUAAACAAUGUUCAAGAUUGUAGGUGUCCAGGUACAGAAACUGAAUAAUCAAAUGUAAAUAGCAUUGCACAUUCAUUACUGUAUAGAUUAAAUAUGUAAAUUUCUCUUAUUUAAUUUCUUGGAUUAACAUUAAAGACACUGACGGCAGCUAGUAAAUUAGGCGCGGUCACUUUAAGAGAUAAUACAACCCAUAUAAAGAUACACAUUAUAUUGCUUUCUCAACUGUUUACUUUCACUUUCACAAUUUUGUAUGUAUUUGUCAUUUCAAGAGCAAGAAGAGACAAAACUCAAUUCGGUGUUUAAGGGCUGUAGACAUGACUCUCUGCAUGCACUCUGUACGCACCAAACAGCGCGUGGGUGUUGAAUGCCCUUAUGUUUAUACUGACAAGGUGUAUUUGUUCAGUCAUGCACGGGAGGAAGUGAAGAAGAGCUCGGUUUGGUGUUUGCGCGGGUAUAUCAUUGAUAUCGCGAUAUGAGACUUUUUUUUUUUUUUAGUAUGUAAAAAUUUAUACCAUUAUUUUUGGGAUGGUAUAAUAUGGCUCAUAAUUGCAGUAAAUGGUUGCCUUCAAAAUUUAUAAAAAACAUCACAGUAAUCCACAUCAGUUCAGUCCAUCAAUUAAUGUCUUAUGUUGCUGCAAGUUUGUAAGAAACAAAUCCAGUAAGAAGAUCUUCUUAACUUUAAACUGGUGCCUCUGCUCAAAAUACGAGUAAUCCAUGAUAAUGCUAGUUAAGAGCUGUUCUGGACUAUUUCUUUUUUCUAAAAUGUGCUUGAGGUGUGCAUAUUUCUUUCCUGAUUCAAAUGAGAAAAAGCUAUAUUAUGGAUAGAGGACUCCGUUUUAACCAGAAGCAGUUUUGAACUAAAAAAUGUCUUGAUGGAUUUGCAGCUUUUUUCUUCACAAGAUGUUAAUUGGUAGACUGAAGUGGUGUGGAUUAUUUUGAGGUUUUUAGCAGCUGUUUGGACUCUCAUUCUGACGGCACCCAUUCACUGCAGAGGAUCUAUUGGUGAGCGAGUGAUGGAAUGUUAAAUUUCUACAAAACUUAUCUGAUGAAGAAACAAACUCAUCUACAUUUUGGUUGAUUUGAGAAUGAGUACAUUUUCCAUUUGGGUGAACUAUUCUUUAAGUUACGUAUACAAUAUAACAGUAAAAAUUCUUUGCAUAACACAUUCAUGCUAUAUUAACUGUUUCCAUUUUUAAGCACAAUCAAUAAUAAGUCCUACUUACUUCUUUCAAAAAGUACAAACCUCUGACUCUGCAGCCUCUGAAUUUCUACAGAAUCAUUCCAGAAUGUUCUUAGCUACAACAGUGGGUCCAGCCAAAACAGGUGGAAAGUCAAAUAAAGAUUAAGAUGUUGUAUGUUUUCUAAAAUAUGUUUGAAAUAGAACUUAACAUCUGGUGGUGUUGUGUUUUUGGUUCAGAAUCAUUUGCCAACUAGAUCAAAAUACUGUAUUAUAGAUUUGGAAGCUACAGGUAGCAAAUCAAAGCACACAUGUUGUAUUUGUCUUAAGAAACACUGUUACAAAGUAAUGCUGCUUAUAUGUAUCUUAAUUAUAAAGUCCUUUAAAAACAAAA